CUUUAUUUCUUUACCACCACCUUGCAAGCGCAUAGAGCCUCUGGAGCCUGCGCACCCACCGCAGCUUCUUCGACUUUUUCUAAAACACCCACGCUCUUUUCAAUCCACGUUCGUUUUAUCGUUACCCACAUAUUCUCUAGCAAAGAUUCCCAAACCUGAGAAUCUAUUCGCCCAGACCAAGAAUAAGCAUUCCACUUCAUUGCUUUCUAGUCUACUCCCACCUUCAACAUGACUCGCCGGGCUCCUCGUAUCCACCGUCUCCCUCAGCGUCUCGACUACAACCUGAUUCCUGCGCCUUUGGAUUUGUCUCUUCCGCUGGCUACGGAAAAGUCUCCAUUGCCAGCGAUCAUUGUGACCCCAUCAUCUCCAGCCGCCGACGCACCUGAGUACUACAUAGCAUUCUUAAAACCACCCCCUAAGCCCACCUUUCGUGAUCGCAUCUCCGAGUAUUCUCCUUUCCAGCCACAGCUACCCCUGAAGGCUCGAAGUGCUAUCAUCAUUUCCCUCAUUCUCUUCAUUCUGAUCUGUCAUCUUCUGGUUCACCUUGCCGUUCGUCGCCCACACUUCGAUUUCAUCACAUCCUCUGAUAACAUCGCGUCGUUCAAAGCGAAUUAUCAUCAGGCCCAAACUUCCUUUUGGGACUCGCUUGCCUUGGAUUUUAAAUCUUUCUGGAGUGGACCAAUAGCCGGAGACACGCGAAGUUUCAUAAUCGAAGAUUUUUCACAGCCAGCUCAUCGAUAGAUGGCUCACCAUUUAUCAGUAUAUAGAUAUUGAUACAAAGUCUAUGCAAUUUUUGUUCUUUACCAUGUUCCCAACUUCCCAUGCAUCUACUGACAGUCACAUAUCAAAGUUAUCUUUGACCGAGCUAACUUACUUGUUUACAGUCCCAUUAAAAAUUUUCGUUUAUAUUUAUCUGGUUGUGGAAGUUGAAAUGUUUUUGGCUGGAGUCCUUCCCUGCGUCGUGACAACUAAACA